UCUGCCCUUCCUGUGCUGCCGUGGGCCUCACAGCACGGAGGACCCCUGAGCAGGCUGCCCUAUCAGGUGCCUGAGACAAAUGCGCAGAUUGGGCAACGCAAUACACGGUACAUACCGCGCCCGUAAUCACGGCGCGGACAUUGCGUGACCUGUCUGACAGCGGUGACGGCGGGUUUCCUGUGUGCGGGGAGGCGGCGGUGUGAGAGCGCUGAAUCAGGCGGCCGGGCAGCUCGGGGCACACGGAAGCUGGUGUUGCUGGAUGUUGUGACGGGAGAAGUCGGACUGGGAAGAGGCUGACAGGAGCCGAGUACACGGACGGACGCAUUUGCCCCCCCAGGACCUCGCCAUGCCGCUCUUCAGCUCCAGCCCGUUCGACCAGGAUGUGGAGAAAGCAACAAAUGAAUAUAACACCACUGAAGACUGGGGACUUAUUAUGGAUAUAUGUGAUAAAAUCCUGAACACUCCCAAUGGAGCCAAAGAUGGCCUUAGAGCUAUAAUGAAAAGGGUUAAUCAUAAGGUCCCGCAUGUGGCCCUGCACGCACUCGCUCUAUUAGGGGCCUGUGUGUCAAACUGCGGAAAGCCUUUUCAUCUAGAAAUAUGUUCCAGAGAUUUCGCAAGUGAAGUCCGUGGUGUUAUAAAUAAGGCACAUCCAAAAGUUUCUGAGAAACUAAAGGCUAUGAUGGUGGAAUGGUCAGAUGAAUUCCAGAAAGAUCCCCAGUUCAGUUUAAUAUCAGCUACCAUUAAAUCGCUGAAGGAAGAAGGAAUUACUUUUCCUGCUUCUGGCUCUCAGAGUUCUUCAAAUACCCCUAAGAAUGGAACAUUACCUACCAAAAAUAAAGAGGAUGAAGAUAUCGCUAAGGCAAUUGAGUUAUCCUUGCAAGAGCAUAAGCAGCAGCCAUCAGAAACAAAAUCCUUAUACCCAUCUGUGGAUGUGCAGCAUGACAGUCAGAAGAUGCCAAGAAAAGUCCGGGCUCUGUACGAUUUUGAAGCUGUGGAGGACAAUGAGCUGACAUUUAAGAGUGGAGAUAUUAUUAUUGUGUUGGAUGAUAGUGAUACCAACUGGUGGAAGGGGGAAAAUCAGAAAGGCAUCGGGCUGUUCCCAUCUAAUUUUGUUUCAACAGCUUUAAAUGAGGAACCAGAAACAGUUGUUGAAAAUUCUGCUGCUUUCGAAGAAAUUCCUGAAACUGCUUCAAAAUCUGAACCCGAGCCAGUAUAUAUAGAUGAAGACAAAAUGGACCAGGCAUUGCAUGUCCUUCAGAACAUUGAUCCCACAGAUCCCAAACCAGAUCCUGUUGCACUCCUUGACUUGGAAGAUGUCUGCCAACAAAUGGGACCUAUGAUCGAUGAGAAGUUAGAGGAGAUUGACAGGAAACAUUCUGAGCUGUCUGAGCUGAAUGUGAAGGUCCUGGAGGCGUUAGAAUUGUACAACAAACUAGCGAAUGAAGCACCAAUGUAUUCCGUGUACAGCAAGCCCCCCCCACAGACACACUACACCCCACCUUCUCUGGGAGUCUCCAUGCAGGGCUAUCCAGGGCAGCCUCAGGGUGGUAGCUAUUUGGUACAUGGUAUGCCCCAGGUACAUCCCCAAGCUCUCGCUCAAGGAUACACUAUGAAUCCUGAUCAUAUUGGUGCACUCAGAUCUCUACCACCAAACAUCAACUCUACAGUUACCACCCAAGCGGCUCACACUCCGUAUCUCAGCACUGGGCACGAUGCGGGUUCAAAUCCUCAAUAUUUAAAUCAAACCUCUGCCCCAGGAGCCCAAAGUUAUGGCCAGCCAAUGGGAAUGUCCGCAGAUAUGUCAGCAUAUCAAAAUGCAACGUCCUCUUUGCCUCCAGGAUCCAACUACACAAUGGCCGGCCCCUUACACUCAAUUCCUCCACAGCCCCCAACUUACUACCAACAGCCUCUUCUCUGAGACUUAAAAAUCUUCAUAGACCUCUGCAAAGUUAUUCUUGUGUCAGUCACAAGUUUCUUAAGUCAUAACUCCAAAACAAUGGUUGUAGACACAAUAGGACAGUGUUUUCUUGUGUAUCGUGGACCAUGAGCAAGUACGAGAUUCCAACAAUACAAAUGGUGUGCAUUCUCCUCCCACGAAUAUUCAUACUAAUCAGUUUUCUUUGCAAUUACAAACACUUCCUGUGUCUUAGGGUGAUACAGUGCUGCCUCUUUAUUGAACAGUUCCAGCUGCAAAAGUAUAAGUAGUAAUUAACAGUAGAUUUUUGCCAACUGGUUCGAUUAAGAUUUAAAAAUAGCAAAGCUUUUAAGUACCACAUACAGCCGAAAGGCUCUAAAAGGUAACAGAUUCCAUUGUCUGUAUCCUCUGUCUUAAGAUACUGCUAAUAUAUACUCCAUGCUGUCUUUCUUGGGUCGUAUUAUGGAAAAAUACUUCACUUACAUGAUUAAAAAGGAUCUACAGUAAAUCCAUUUUCUGUUUAAAGUUGUACUCCCAAAUUGAUAAUAAGAUGGUUUGUAAAGCAUAUUACAAAUUUGUGUUGUUGGAAUGUGAAAUCACUGAAUAGUUAAUUUACAAAUACACCUGAUACAUUCUCCUGCAGCAGUAAUGUUAAAAACCUUACGAAGUGCUGUAUUUCAUCCAGAAGACAGCCAGAAUAUAAAUAACACCUAUUUACAAAUCGUCUUCUCAGUUGGGGAAUAUGAAUGACAAAAAAGCAUAAUGUUCUCUUUAAGUGUUUAAACACAACAUAAUAUAGUGUGUAAUGUAGAAUGUUUGAAAACCAAUAUUAUAAAAACAAAAGAGGACUGACUGACUGCAACCAUUAGUGUCAGUAGUCGCAGGGAAAGUGCAAUAUUUCUGUCCUGAGAGCCGAUUGGUAACUAAAGAAGGUCAUUAUGUCACUGCGGUAAUAAAGAAAGUAUUGAGUAGCGAUCUGUGAGGCAGUUCUUCCCCGGGCAACUUUCUUUCAUAAAACGUUGGAGAAGUUUAUACUGCUAAAUUGAAUGCCAUGGGUGGUUGGCCCAGAAUAUUGUUGGAACCUCUCUCAUUUAGGAUGCUGCACACUGUGGAUUAGACUCAUUUUAAAAUAUAAAUAUUUUUAUUUA